AUGACAUAUAUUACUAAAACAUUCUGUAAUUUUGUAUUCAAAUAUAUUCGAUUGUCAUCACUUGUGCUCUCGUUCACUACUACUACUACUACUACUACUACUACUACUACUACUACUACUACUACUACUACUACUACUACUACUACUACUACUACUACUACUACUACUACUACUACUACUACUACUACUACUACUACUACUACUACUACUACUACUACUACUACUACUACUACUACUACUACUACUACUACUACUACUACUACUACUACUACUACUACUACUACUACUACUACUACUACUACUACUACUACUACUACUACUACUACUACUACUACUACUACUACUACUACUACUACUACUACUACUACUACUACUACUACUACUACUACUACUACUACUACUACUACUACUACUACUACUACUACUACUACUACUACUACUACUACUACUACUACUACUACUACUACUACUACUACUACUACUACUACUACUACUACUACUACUACUACUACUACUACUACUACUACUACUACUACUACUACUACUACUACUACUACUACUACUACUACUACUACUACUACUACUACUACUACUACUACUACUACUACUACUACUACUACUACUACUACUACUACUACUACUACUACUACUACUACUACUACUACUACUACUACUACUACUACUACUACUACUACUACUACUACUACUACUACUACUACUACUACUACUACUACUACUACUACUACUACUACUACUACUACUACUACUACUACUACUACUACUACUACUACUACUACUACUACUACUACUACUACUACUACUACUACUACUACUACUACUACUACUACUACUACUACUACUACUACUACUACUACUACUACUACUACUACUACUACUACUACUACUACUACUACUACUACUACUACUACUACUACUACUACUACUACUACUACUACUACUACUACUACUACUACUACUACUACUACUACUACUACUACUACUACUACUACUACUACUACUACUACUACUACUACUACUACUACUACUACUACUACUACUACUACUACUACUACUACUACUACUACUACUACUACUACUACUACUACUACUACUACUACUACUACUACUACUACUACUACUACUACUACUACUACUACUACUACUACUACUACUACUACUACUACUACUACUACUACUACUACUACUACUACUACUACUACUACUACUACUACUACUACUACUACUACUACUACUACUACUACUACUACUACUACUACUACUACUACUACUACUACUACUACUACUACUACUACUACUACUACUACUACUACUACUACUACUACUACUACUACUACUACUACUACUACUACUACUACUACUACUACUACUACUACUACUACUACUACUACUACUACUACUACUACUACUACUACUACUACUACUACUACUACUACUACUACUACUAUUACUACUAUCAAUUUGUGUUUCUACAUAUUAUGUUCAGUGACGUAA